AUGACGUUAACGUCACACCACAUGAAGAUGGUUUCUUCUUUCUACACGGUGACCAUUAUACUUUGUAUACAAAUCAUACUAUGUUCAAGCAACGCUGUGAACGAUAAAAAUGUGGGCGGAGCAAGUGGCAAAACUCAAAGACCCGGUCCCGAAUGCACAUUACGCAAGAAUAAAGGCGAUUGUAACGAAAGCAUUAAGAAAUUUUAUUACGAUGAAGCAACUGGAUUUUGUCGGGAAUUUAACUAUACCGGUUGCGGGGGAAAUCUCAACAACUUUCAAACAAUUGACAAAUGUUAUAGCAGAUGUGUAUGCCAGAACCCAAAAGAUAAAGGUGUAGGGUCAAACAGGAUCACUCGUUAUUUCUAUAACGCCGACACUGGAACCUGUGAAGAAUUCAAAUACAGAGGUGCAGGUGGAAACUCGAAUAAAUUUGUAUCUUUGACGCAGUGUCAAAACACAUGCGUCCGUACGACACUGAGGCGGAAAUGUAACAAUCGUCCAGAUCCCGGAAGCAACUGCAACAAUAAUUCUACAGUUCAGUUUUACUACGACAAACAUUGCGACUGUUGUCGUAGAUUUACAUACCUCGGAUGUGACGGAAACAAAAAUCGAUUCCCAACACGACAGAAGUGCAGGAAACAAUGUAUUGUCAAAGAGCAGUCAACUCCAGUCCCGCCAACACGACCCCCAAAGCCGGCAUUAUGUUUCUUUCAGAGCGUUUACGGGGAUUGUGACCAAGUCCGUACACGGUAUUAUUUUGACAAUAGGCUAGGCAGAUGUGUACCAUUUACAUAUUCAGGAUGCGGCGGAAAUGAAAAUAAUUUCUUAACUCUUUUCAUGUGUAGGCGAACAUGUGAAGUUACUCAGUAGUUUC